AUGCCGCCGCCCACUCCUUCGGAGCCCGUGGAGAACAAUAGCAUGCAAGUUGAUGCCAUGCAGCUCGAUGCUCCAUCCUCGACACAACAAGAUCUCGCUGGGGCCGGCCCCACACCAGCGACAAUGUCGUCUUUGGCACUGCACCCCGAGCAGUCCUCGCAGCGGCCUGUCCCUCCGCCACCUCCGCCGCUGCUAUCGCAGCCUGCCUCGCACAAGACCGCACAAUCACAGUCCAUCCCACUUCCUCCGCCAUCACAAUCAACUUCGCGGUCAUCCUCAUCCAAACCGAGCAAGCCCUCGCGGGCCGCAGCGGCACUGUGCUCGCGCCAAUUUGCCGUCUGCGUCACGGCGCUGGUUUACUACUCGCUUGGGAUCCUGCCCGAGCAUCUGACCAAGGAGGAGAUCAUGAACGACCCGAACUUUGCCCACUCAAUCGCCGUCAUCCACGGCGUGCUGUCGUCCCUCUCCAACUCGAUCCCGCUGACCAUCGUCUUCAUCUCGAUCACGCUGCUGCAAAAGCGGGUGCGCUCCGAACCCAUCUACUUUUUGAUGCCCGGACAAGAGAGCCACAUGUUCAUCACCGCCCUGAUGCUCUCGCAGAAACUCCUGGACGAUCGCUCCUUCAAGCCGGGAACCUGGAAGCGGAUCACUCAGCUGGACUCGGCCUACCUCAACGCACUCGAGCGAGACUUUUGUCGGGUUCUGAGUUACCAGCUCAGCAUCAGUCCCGAGGAGUACCAAGCCUGGUUAAGCGAAACCCGGCCGAUAACGAGAGCCUGGGAAAGGUGA